CUUCCUUUGGGUUUCCUUGCCAUGCAAUAUGUAUAAAAACAUGGGCAGAUGGUGUACUUAUCAUCAUUCAUAAGUUACCUUGCACUAAGAUAUCAAGUAAUCGUCAUCUGCAUAUAACUGUGCCCUGUUCAACAUGACAAGAUCCGUAUAUUUGGCUGUAAUUAGUCUCACACUCACUAUUACUUCUUCAAUAAUAUCAACGACAUCGUGCAGUCCAUUGGCCACUACGAAUCUCAGAGCACUGUUGGACGAGGACGAAAAUUCGGUUAUACAAGACCACGGAUCAGCAUUGAAGGAUCAUUUACUUGAAUCUGCAACUACACCAAGGCCCAAAUCUCAAACAGACGCACAAUUAUCCAACUCAAUCGGAGUGACAAAUUUUAUUUUGAACCCAAAAAAUCCAGAAGGAUCUCAACCAUCAUCUUCAUCACUGACGUGCCAUCCAGAUUCUUGCGGCUGUUCGGACGACUUUCAUCCAAUUUGUGGGUCUGAUAUGGUAACUUAUGGAAAUAAGUGUCUUUUCGAAUGCAAUAAGAAAUGUGAACCCAGCAUCGUUCAAAAUCAUGAGGGAUAUUGUGGACGCAUCUUCUUUAGAGAUAGGAAGACGGGUAAAGUACAAGAUCCCACGGUCCGCACAUAAUCAGAUCUCAUCAACUUUAGUAACAUUUCACUAAAUUUAUAAGCAUAUCUAGUCCGUAAAUGUAUCUUGUAAAUACGUACAAGUUCCCGUUAGCAUUAGUAUAUAUUAGUAUUAGUAUAUACAUAUGCAAACUCUAUUAACACAACUCAGGAGAUUGUAGAUUUUUGAAUUUAUUUUAUUGUUCAUGUAAAUAAAAUGUUUUAUUUAUGUAUACGUUUUGUAGAAAUUAAAUAGUACAAAUUUUUCAUAUGAAUGUUGUCCAUUUGUUUGAUAACAAUCCUCAAAAAAAAAUAUAAACAGGAAAUGUCCAGCAUAAAAUGCUUAAAAAUAUUUGUUAGUGUAAAUUAUACUCAUGCAAUUACUUAUCUCAUGCCAUUAUAAAGUGAAAACUUAAACCCAUAAAAUUCCAAAAUCAUGCACAUCACAUUAACUUGGUGGACCGUUUUUAGCAGCAAAUUGCAUUCGUUCAUCUUUGUCAUACUUACUUCUCACAUAUUAUCCCACUGCAUGGCAUCAUCCAGCAAAGUUUCUGCCCUGCAAGGAAACAUGUCUAAACCGAAACUUGAGAAAUAUUAUCAUACAUUGUACGAGAGGAUUCUUUCGAAAGAUUACGGCUUCGCUAUUUUCGGAGAACCUUGCGAUGCCGUAACAAUUGUUGAACUGGAAGAUCAUUUAAGCGUGGGAAAGAAAAUAAUGAAAGGUAUGAGUGAACUAUAUUUAAAGUUUACUUAUGCAAAUGAGAUGAUGUAAUAAAUACAUUUCUUAAUAAAUAUUGCUGCUAGAUCAAGACGUAGACGGAAAAUAUCACCGGGAUCGUCCCAUCGAAGACCACUUACGCCCUAAACUUCGAACGUUCUUUCUCCGCUCUCAGAGUACCUGUAAUUUCAAAAAAUUUCUAACUUGCGACAAAAUCUCGCGACGUUGCAAUUGUUCUCACAGCGCAAUGAUGCCGGAAGAAGGUGGUUGCAGUAUUCGAAUCGGGAAACAAUGCGCGUUCACCGAUCAACAAUUAAACCAAGCCGGAAUUCCAGUCGUUCCCGGUGAAGACGUGGAAAUCUCGUGUUCUGGCGAAGAUUCCGAAUGUGUCUCAAGUUUCGGGGCUUCAAAUAAAAUAUGCCGGUGCAAAAAUGGCUACGUCUCCUAUCCUGGCGGAGUUGAUUGCCGGUCAUCAUCUUCCAACAGUUUUGAUGACAGCGAUAAUGCCGAAAAUAGUGUUUUUUGGAUCGAUACAAAGACAAAAUCCACUGGUCGAGGGCGAAGCAUGGGGAAAAUUAAAGGAAAGUCAGCAUCACGCCACAUUAUUGGCAGCAAAAACAAUACGGACGACGAUACCAACGAGUAUUUCUUGUUCCCCGAAGAAAUAAAGACGGAUCUCUUGCAACUCAUGAAUCUUCGUGGAUUUGCGGCCACCGGAGAACGAAGGAAAGAAGCGUCGUCGCUCUAUGCAAAAAUGGAGGCGGACAACGACAAGGAGGAAAUGGUCAUCAGGGACAUUCACCUACGGAGGGCGGCCACCCUCAAAUUUGGAGACCAUUGCGACCCUGCGAAACAAGAGUUGCUUGAUCACCCACCUUUAGCAAUGCAGGGGGCGGAUUGGGUCGACCCUAAACCGGAGUCCAUCACGGCAUGGCAGACUUCCAUUUUACGAGAUAAGAGGCCACUCUGCAACUUCAACAAUGCGUUAAGAUGCGAUGCUACGAAACGUAUUUGUCAGUGUGAAGAAGGCAUGCUCUACCAAGAAAACAAGUGUCAUCUCAUGGUCGGAAGCAAUUGUGGGGACGACCACCAAGGAACAUUUGUCUUUGAUCCGUUAAAAAAUAAGAAGCGAUUUUCGGCCCCAUCUCCUCCAAGCUGUGUGUCUGGAGCUAUUUGUGAAUCCAAACCACUCUUGUUCACGUCGCAGUGCUGGUGUCCAGAGGGGAUGACUUGUGGUGGAGAAAGCAUUGCAUCACCGCCACUUUCACCCCCACCACCAUCACUUUACGCCGACAUCCGGGCAAGAUUCACCCUCCAUUUGGAGGACGAUUGCGAUCCAAAGGCUCACCUCAUGCUAGUGAAUCCUUCCGGUUCGGUACUUAUCAUGUCACGUCAUAACCAGAGGGAGGAUAUGUAUCUACGAAAAAUCGCUGUAUUUAAUAUUUAUGAAAUAUAUACGAAAAACAAAAAUCAGAAUUUUUGUAAAAUCUGUGAAUAGGUUUGAAUAUAAAUUCUUUCGAUCUUUAGUGAUCCAAUUUCUUUGAGCCAAAAAAUUUCGUCUCACACCGCUGAAAUAUAUACAAAUUACAAAAUAUACGUAUUUUUGAAGAAUGUAUAACAUAUUGACAUAUUUUUCAAAUAAUAGCGGAAAUACCUAUACAUACGUUUAUGUCUGAAAACCUGGAAAUAUUUAUGUAAGAAAAAAAUAUUUUGAAAUUUUUGCGAUUUAUAAGACUUUAGGGAACACACCCAGUUAGACUGUCUGUCGUCAUUAAAUGAAAAAGUUUAAAAUAAGUGCAUAUCCGCCUGCUGGUCAUCACCUUAUUUGAUAUUAGAAACUAGUGAUAAUUCAUUUUUAAUUCUGCAGAAAAACAAGUCAAAGAUUACAAAAUACGCCACCCGUCAAUUUUUGCAACUUGGAAAAAUUCCUAAACUGUUCCGCUGUCACGAAAAAAUGUGAAUGUUUCUCCUCUCUGACCGAAGAAGAUGGACAAUGUCGUGUUUCUAAUAGGGAAUCAUGUCUGGAAACUUAUUCUCAUGGAGUAGAAUUUUUCCCACGUGGACCACGAAUGUGGAAGAUCGAACAAGUGUUUCAACUCAAGUUUCAACCCGCAUGCAUUCAGAAUGCCGAUUGUGACAUUGACGAUCGAAAAUGCGUGUGUAACAAUGGGCAGGAUGGGAAAUUUUGUAGUGACGAGCAGUCCAAAAUUUCUACAAUACUGAAACGAAACAAUGUCGCUGGCUAUGAAGCUGACAAAGAUGUUAACGAAGUAUUCGAAUCGUUGAAUCAAUACUCUUCAAAUUCAGCCAGUGAUGGGAUUGAAUUAUAAUGAAAAAUGCAAGGUCGAGGGUGGAAUCAUGUCCGAGAGAAUAUUCAAGUUUUUCAUGGAAAUUGCAAACAGUGAUGUCAACAUUGCUGGGAGCAAAACCUUGUACCAAUACCAGAAGGCGUCUAAAUGGCUGAGUUACUUGAUUCGAACAGGCGUCAAGAGUAAAACAUAGGACUUGAUGACUUAUCAGCAAAAUCGUCAAAAUCAGCACAUUUUUUUAACAUUUCUCGGCUCUGGGAAUUUAUUUUAAAAUUCUGAACUACGAAUUUGUAGUCAGUAGCUUGAUUAAUAUUUAGAGUAGCGAUGAGUUUUUAAGCCAGUUUAGAUGAGUUUCAAUUUUUCUGAAGGCUUCUUUAACUUGAAAUCUCCUUCAAAAAUCGUCAAAUCUGGAGUAAAUACUUUUGAAAAAUUGGCAACGACUUGCUCUACAAAUUUGCCUUCCAGAAUUUCAAAUCCCUGAGCCGAGUAAUGAUUAAAAAUGUACUAAUUUUUUCCAAUUUGGCGAUGAGUCAUCGAGUCCUAAUUUUAAUUAUAAAUUCAAAAUCGCUAAAAUCCUCACAACCAAGAUAAACUUAUGUAAAGCUUAAAAAAAUUGAUUGAAUUUUUCCAGAACUUUGCAACGGAUUUCAAGGUUUAUUUUGUCAUCACACCUCAGAAAAAUGUCAAUGUUAUCCCGGCCACGUUUAUGAAGAUGGAGCAUGUAAACUUAAUGCUAAUCAAGACUGUGAUCCCCGCCCAGUAACAAAUUGGGUCCCGGUUUGUCGCAAAAACUCGAAAUGCAGUCCUUCCGUUAUCAACUUCCGGCAUACUUGCCAAUGCAAAAAUGGCUAUAGUGGAGAAUCAUGCUUAGAAAAUGCUACCCCGAAACCUUUAGAGUGCGAUUGAGAAAAUUUUACGGUAAACUGUGAAGUAAACCAAAAUAAUGACACCAACACCACCACAAAUGUCGAUUUAGAAAAUAAGUUAUACGACCUUGAGGACAUGCUGAACAAAAUCAAGUCAAACCGAAGUGCUCCUGAAGGUGAGAGCUGCAAUCCACAACUUGAACUCGUAUUCGCUUCACUGUUCCCGACUUUCCCCAACCAUGAUCUCCGAAAUCCUACCCAUUUGCCAAAGGGAAUAGAUCACAGUUGGGAAGUUUUGACCAAAAUUUUCAAUAGUUCCGAUAAGUCAUUUAUCAUUUGUGAUAAAACGGCUCACUUAUCAUGCAAAAAUGAAAGAUGCGUUUGUGACUUGUCAUGUCGUAACAAACAGAAUGAAGACUUGUGUCGUGAGAACGAACAUCUUCAAGUACACGAGGCUCACCUUGUAUCUAAAAUUUGCAGUUUUGUCGAAUGGUCGAAAAAAUUGAGGAGUUUAAUGUGAAAAAAUAAAAAAUAACUCACUAUUGACUAA